AUGGACCCAGCACGCUUUUAUGGCACUGCAAAACAUGUAAACAUCAUUCCAGGUGAUGGAGACAUUAGUGACGAUGAUGUUGAUUCGGAUUGUGACGAUAAUUGUAAUAUUGGCUCCAUUAGUUUAACUCCUAAACGACAUAUCAUUAUACCGGAGUCAGAAUCAGAUUUUUCUGAGGAAGACGACGUCCCUUUGACAAGUAUUCAGACGGCAACAACGUCUAAAGCCAAAGGAAAAUCUGUUAAAAAGAAACGAGUUAUCUGGAAAGAAGAAAAAAUGCCAGCUUACGACGUCUACAAUUUUCAAUUUACGGGUAAUACAGAUUUACCGGACACUAUAAAACAACUGGAUUCUCCGGCAGAUGUGUUCAGGUUCUUGUUCACAGCUGAUAUUAUUCAUUUCAUUACGGAGCAGUCUAACCUCAAGUCUAUUCAAGAAAAUAUUAAUAAUCCAGCUAUGAUUACGACCGAAGAUAUCGAAAAAUUUAUAGGAAUUGUAAUCUUUAUGUCCUGCGUAAAGUUACCUGCAACCAGAAAGUACUGGUCAAAAGAAGUUGGACAGACGCAGGUCUACGAAAUUAUGACUUGUAACAGAUUUGAAUCAAUCAAAAGGUUUUUACAUUUCAAUAAUAAUGAGAAUUUUGUACCUCGAGGACAAGAUGGACAUGACAAAUUAUUUAAAAAUUCGGCCUUUAUUGAAUAUGAUUCGUGA